AGGCCGCGCCAUGUCUGCGGAGAGCCCGGAGCCCGCUUCCGCGGAGGAGCAGAAGGAAAUGGAAGACAAGGUGAUUAGCCCAGAGAAAGCUGAAGAAGCAAAGUUGAAAGCCAGAUACCCUCAUCUGGGACAAAAGCCCGGGGGCUCAGAUUUCUUGAGGAAGAGGCUUCAGAAAGGACAAAAGUAUUUUGAUUCUGGGGAUUACAAUAUGGCAAAAGCAAAAAUGAAGAACAAGCAGCUCCCUACCGCAGCCCCUGACAAGACUGAAGUUACGGGGGACCACAUUCCUACCCCUCAGGACCUUCCGCAGCGAAAACCAUCUCUCGUAGCUAGCAAGCUGGCAGGCUGACAAGAAUCUCAGAACUGCAUGAAUCUUCUCAUUCCCUUACUCUUUCCUUAAUAGUUAUUUCUCACUUUUUUUUGUUUCCACUAAGUCAUUGACUGAUCGCUUUGCAGAUAGUGGUAGCCUGUGCUGCUAUGGUAAGAGAAUCCUGUUAAGAAUUAAGUUGAGUAAGUCCUUGGAUGAGUCAAGAACAAUGCACUGAUUUAAAAACAAAAAGGACACGUUUUGUUAGAACAAUGUAAAGUUAAUCUACUUGAAAAUGUACAUAUUACCUAUUUGCUAGUGUAGGGCUGGUUCCAGCAAGUGAUAUAAUAGCAAGUUUGACAAUUUUUAAUGUUUCUGCUUUCCUAAGUUCACUUUAAUUACUGCAUAGUCUGUCUGUGUUGAAUACAG